AUGCGGGCCCUCCGGGGGCUGCUGUGCUGCCUCGCCUGCGUCAAUGCCGAGUCCGGCUGCGACGUGCUCGCGCGACUCGCGAAAGACGAGCCGGUGCUGGCCGUCGCCUUCGCCACGGCCUCCUACGCGUCGCUGGCGGCGAACUGGGCGCUGAGCGCGGCGCGCGUCGGGCUGCCGCACGCGCUGCUCGAGCUCGAGGGCCCGGCCGGCGCGAGCGGCGUGCCCGACGCCGUCGCCGUCGCAUCGAUCUCGCCCGCGGCGGCACACGCCUUCGCGGAGAACCGCGGCGGCGGCCUCUCCGGCCUCUGGCUCGCGCGGGCCCUGGCGCUCGAGGCGAUCCUCGCGCCGGCCUGCCUCCAGAGCGACGUCCUCGUGCUCCACAGCGACGUCGACGUCGUCUUCCUCGGCGACGUCGCCGGCCCGCUCGUCGCGGCGGCCUGCGACCACUGUCUCGGCGCGGGCCAGUACCCCGAGGCGCUCGCGGCCAAGUGGCGGACGGCGACGGGCUGCUUCGGCUUCGCGGCGCACCGCGCGGGCGCGCCCGCGACGGCGCAGCUCCUGGAGCGCGUCGUCGCGCUCACGGCGCGCCUCGGCGACGACCAGCUCGCGCUGAACCACGCGCUCGACGAUCUCGGCUUCGGCGCGGCGGCGAGGUUGGCGACGGGCGCGCGCGCCGCGCUCUUGGACGCGCCGUCGUUCCCCGUCGGCGGCUGCGACCGCUGGCUCGAGGUCGCCGCGGCCCUCGAGCACGGCGCCGCGCCCCGCGUGCUCCACCCGAACUGCGUCGACAAGGCGGGCGGCUCCAAGGAGGCGUGGCUCCGGUCGCGCGGCGCGUGGCUGCUCUCCGACGGCUGGGCCCCGGGCGCGCGGGCCGCGGCGAACGCGACGCGCGCCGCGGCGCUCGCCGACGCCUGGGGGUCGCGGGGCGCCGUCGACGCGCGGCUCGGCUGCGCCGCGGCCGACGUCGCGCCCGCGCUCGAGGCGCCCGCGGCGCUCGUCCUCGUCGGCGACGCGGCCGCGCGCGCGGUCCGCGACCGCGGCCGCACGGCGACGCUCGUGCUCGGGCCGGGCGCCGAGGCCGCCGUGCGCCGCUACUGGCGCGCCGCCGGCUUCGAGGUCCUGGACGCCGGCGAGGCGCCGCCGUGCCGCGCGGUCCGAGAUCCCGUCGCGGCGCUGACGCCCGGCGCCCGCGUCCGCGUCGAGGCCGACGAAGACGUCGGCGCCGUCCUCGACGCCCUGGACGCCCUCGACGUCGAAACCGCGACCGUCGCCGCGGCGGACAGGCGGGAGGCCCAGCGCGCGGCCGUGUCGCCGGCGCGGGUCUGCGAGGGCGGCCGCGUCGUCCGCGCGACGCUCGACGUCGAGGCGGCGUCCGGCGAGGCGAUUCGCGUGCGGCUCCCGGGCGCCGACGACGCGUGGACGCUCGUCGCCACGCGCGCGGGCGCCGCGCCCGCGCGCGCGGCCGUGUCGCGCGGCGGCGCCGCCGAGCUGACGCCGCCCGGCGGCGGCGCGCGCGCGACGUACGCGCUCGCCUGGUCCCGGCGGGACGCCGCGGACUCGGCCGCGGACCGCGUGCUCGCGAAGCUCGGCUUCUCCGGCGCCGACGUGCGGCGGCUCGACGGCGAGCUCCGCGCGCGGGUCCCGCCGCGGUCCGAGCUCUGGCGCCGCGGCGGCCGCGUCGUCGACGACCUCCUCGCGGCGGCCUACGCGGCCGCGGGCCCGCCGGCGUCGCCCCGGGGCGUGCCGCCGGCCUUUGCUGCGCGGGAGGCCUUUCUCCGGCGCGUCGGGGCCGCGAUCGGCGCCGCGGGGACGUGCCUCGAGGUCGGCGGCGGCGACCUCGCGGCGCGGCACCUCGCCUGCGGCGCCGUCGACGAGGCGCGGCCCGGCGCGGCCGUCGGCGGCGCCUACGACGUCGCGCUCUGCGCCGGCUGCGCCGUCGACGACGUCGCGCACUUCGCCGCGGGCUCGCUCGUCUUCGUCGGCGGCCGCUUUUGCGACGACGCGGCGCGGCUCGAGCGCGCGCUCGCGGCGGCGGGCUUCCACGUCGUCGAGCUCGGCCCCGGCGGCGACGACGUCGCGGGGGUGCUGGGCCUCGCCGCCGAGGACCUCGCCGCGCCGUCGGCGCGCGGCGAGGUGCUCGCCUGGGCCGUCCGCCGGCCCGGCGCGCGGCCGCCGCCGCCGCGCGCGGACCCGGCGCCGAAACCGGCGGGCGCGGCGCUCUUCGAAGACGGCGACUACGCGGCGGCCUACCGGGCCUUCCUCGCGGACGCCGCGGCGGGCGCCGCCGGCGACCGGGCCGAGGCGCUCUUCCGCGCGGGCGUCGCGGCCGCCGCGGCCGGCGAAAACGGCGACGCCGCGGACCGCUACGACGCCGCCGCGGCGAUGGACCCGCGCCACGACCGCGCGCUCAUGAACCGGGGCGCCCUGGCCUACGCGGCGAGCGACCUCGCCGCCGCCGUCGGCUUCCUCGAGCGCGCCGUCUUCGCGAACCCGGGCAACGGCGCCGCGCUCGAGAACCUCCGCGUCGCCCAGGAGACGGCGCACCGGGGCCGCGGCGCGCCGCUCGCGCGGUUCGACGCCGUGGCCCGGGACCGGGGCGAACCCGCGGCGCUCCUCCGCGCGGGCGACGGCGCGCCCUGGCCGAGCGCCGCGGCGCUGCGGCGCGACCUCGACGCGCGGGGCCGGGGCCCCGCGGAGGAGCGCCGCGGGUUCUCCCUCGCGGCCCUCGCCGACGGCGACGCGUUGCACGCGGCCGGCGACGACGCUAGCGCCGCGGCCGCGUACGAGGCCGCGCUCGGCGCGCCGCGGGGCGAGCCCGCGCUGGCCGCGCGGGCCGAGUACUCCCUCGGCGUCCUGGACCAGGCCGCGGGCCGCGCGGACGAGGCGGAGGCGCGCUACGGCCGCGCGGUGGCGCUCGAUCCGGGCCUCGCGGCCGCGUGGAACAACCUCGGCAUCCUCAAGCUCCACGGCGACGACGUCGAGGACGGCGUGCGCUGCCUCGGCGAGGCCGCGCGGCUCGACGGCGCGGCCUACGGGCCGAACCGGGCCUUCGCGGCGCGCCUCGCCGACCGGUCGCGCGAGCUCGCGGCGCCGGUUUUCGCCGCGGAGCGGCGCGUCGACGUCGUGACGACGCUCUACGCCGCGCCGGCGCCGCGCGGCGGCGAGCUGCUCGAGGCCCUCGGGCGCAACGCGGCGCUCGCGAGCGUCCGGACGCUCGUCGUCGUCGCCGAGGGCGCCGCGGCCGCGGCGGCCGCGGCCGCCGGCGCCAAGGUCGCCGUCGUCGGCGCCGCGGGCCAGCCGGACUACGCGGCCCUCUUCGCCGUCGCCGGCGACCAACGCGGCCCCGUCGCCCUCGCCCACGCCGACGUCUACUUCGACGACUCGCUCGGCUGCGCGGCGGACCUCCUGGCCAAGCUCCCGCGGCCGACGCUGCUCGCCGUGACGCGGCGGCCCGAGCCGCGCUGCGUCGAGGCUUCCGGCGGCGGCCACGCGCCGGGUUUACCGUUGGACCUCUGCGCGCCCCAGGGCCACUGGGCCGGCGAGGCCGUCCACGGCUACGACGCGUUCGUCUUCCUGCCGCCGGCGCCGGCGGCCGUUGUCGCCGCGCUCGCGGGCGUCUACCAGAACCGCCUCGGCGCGGACCUCCGCGUCGUCGACGCGUUCGUCGCCGCGGGCUACGACGUGCUCAACCCCUGCCUCCAGGUCGCCGCGUUCCACCUCCACUGCUCGCGGCAGCGGACCUACGCCUUCAACGCGACGGUCCGCGACCUCGGCGCGCCCGUCGACGUCUUCAAGCUGAGCCACCGCCGCUUCCACGGCGCGUGCGCGCCGGCGCCGCCCGCGCGGCGCGCCGCGCCGCUCCUCGUCGCGUCGUUCCCCCGGAGCGGGUCGUCGAUGCUCCGGCGCGCGGCGGAGCGCGCGACGGGCCUCUGGACGGGGUCGACGCACUACGACGCGGCGCUCGUCGCCCGGGGCCACGCGGGCGAGGGCCUCUGCGGGCCCGCGGUAUUUCUCGUGAAGACGCACCACCCGGCGAUCGUGGACGUCCCGCCGCGGGACUGCGCGGCGCUCCUCGCGGGCGCGGCGAAACCCGUGCUGCUCCUGCGGCGGCCCUGGGACGCGCUCGCGUCCUACUUCCGCUUCGUCGCGUCGGGCCACCACGACCACCGGACCGCGGGGGAGAACGCGACGGCGCUGGCCGCGUUCGCGGUCGCCGAGGCGCCGCGGUGGCGGCUCCUCGCGGAGCACUGGCGGGGGCGGCGCGCGGCCGCGCUGCGCUACGAGGACGUCGUCGCCGCGCCCGACGACGCGCUCGCGGCGCUCCUCGGCGCCGCGGGCGAAGCGGCCGCGCGCUGGCCCGCGGGCGAGCGCGUCGCCGCGCGGCCGCCGCGGGCCCCGGACGACGCGGCCGUCGCCGCGGCCGUCGCCGCGGCCGCGGGCGGGCCGGCGCUCCUCGGGCCCCUCGGCUACGACGACGCGCGGCCCCGGGCCUGCGGCGACGCGACCUGGACCUUCCUGUUGAGGCCGCCCUGUGUGUAA